AAAGUGACCGCUGACGUCUGAAACAGGACAUGAAGUGAAAGAGUGCAGCCUGGUCCAAAGGGACACACAGACGCUUCACUGCAGACACAUUGUAUACACUGUCAGUGCUGCGGACACAGCAGGGUGAGGGGUUGAAGAUGAGGAAGAUGAAGAUCAAGCUGCUUUUUGUUCCCAUGGCGCUGGCAAUGACCUCAGCGUUCAUCAUCAUGAAUUCUGGACUCAGAUGGACUCCAAAACCAAACACUAAAAGCGCAACUGCAGCUCCACAGGCGAGAUGGACGACAACAGGAUCUUAUGGACAAAAUUUAAAUGGGAAGAUGUUCACGUUGUCUUGGAAUGGAGGAGGAGUAUCCCUCUACGCCCCCACCUCUCCCAUCUGGGCUUCCACUACUCCCUACCCACCCAGUACCAACAGCACCCAACCCUAUAGCACGACCGAUCCCACUACCACCAGACCCUACAGCACCAUCGAUCCCAACAGCACCCUACCCUACAGCACUCUACCGUAUAGCACCCCCAAUCCCAACAGCACUCUACCCUAUAGCACCCCCAAUCCCAACAGCACCCUACCCUACAGCACUCUACCCUAUAGCACCCCCAAUCCCAACAGCACCCUACCUAGCACCACCCGAACUUACCCUCCCUGGACCUCAGCACCUCCUUCUAGAGGUGUGUCUGUGUGUCUGCGCUACCUCGCCGACGUUGAAUCACAAAGCACACCCACAAUCUUCACUCUCAGUCCAUCCACAGCCCCUUUGACGCUGCAGAUUACAUUCUAUGGUGUUUAUGCACUGCCCUUUGGCGGAUACAGAAACCUAUACUUGCGACCUAACAUAAGAUUCUGGUCAACCAAUCAACUGGAUCUCUGGACCAGAGUCUGCCUCACCGUGGACACCGUGAAGGGUGUGGUCCAGAUGUUUAGCGGCUCGAGCAUUAGCGUCAGGAAGAAGCUGCCUUUUCAGUAUGAAUGGUCUGGUGAGCCUGUGAUUGAUUUUCCAGGUUUUAAUGGUCAGUUGACAGACGUCCAGGUCUGGGAUUAUCCUCUCAACUACAACGAAAUCUACAACUACAUGAACAGCUGGUCGUCACACCGCGGCUCCGUCCUCACCUGGUCCUCCAUCAGCUACUCUCCCAGAGGAAACACGCUGUUGGAGGACGCCUACGACAGCCAGGCAAAACGGCCAAUCGGCAGCAGGGGGAGAGGAGGUCGACCAAAGGGGGAGAAGAAGACGAGAGCAUCGGUCAACGUGGGGGAAAGGAAAAAGAAAACGAGACAACAGAUUUAAUGAAACCUACAGCUUUAGUUUCACUGUGACAUGAAUGCUGUGUUGUUUCAUCCUGGUUCACAGAGGUUGUGUAGCACAGAGUCUUCUAGAUAGGCCGCUGUGUGAAUGUUUUAUUACAAUACUGUAAGCAUAAAAGCAAACAAUGCCAUGAAAUACACUCAGCAGUGAGCUUCAAGUUACAAUAAAUAAGACUGCGAUGGACAGCUUCUGUGAGAACACAAGUCAGUUUCAUUACAUAACGCUUCUUAUCAAUACUUUUCUCCAAACGGUCCUUCAGGCCACCAGAGUGGUUCAUUGAAGUGGUUUUAUGGCUUCAAUAAAAACAAAAAAAAACUAAAUUAUGCUCAGUAGUGCAACUUAAUGGCUGUAUGUGCUUGUAUCAGCGUACGUUGACAUUUUGAAUUUGUAGUGUUUAUAUUUCUUUUCUCCAACAGCACUUGGCUCAAAUAUUUUGGCACUUAACCUUGAAAGUACUGUUAGCAUUGUGAACUUUUAUUCACUAACACCACUGGGUAGCGGCCAGAGCUAACAAACUAGCAACUGCAAUGACUACAAGUAAGGAAAUUUGAAAACAGAUGAUUGAUUGAUUGAUUGAUGACUGAAGUACAGUCAGGUACAAAUAAUAAGUCUUGUUGAGCCACUUUUGUGAAAUACCUUGUAUGUUAUCAUGUCCAUUUAAAUGAUCAGUGUUGCGUCUUCAAAGUGUAUUUUUGUGAUCGCACUGAUGUUUUCUGUCUGUUCUUGAUGAUAAAAUGUUUUCUUUGGGGGAAAACCACAAAUGGAAA